AUGGCCCUCACAUAUACAGAAGCAAGUGGUGGCAGCAUCAACUUCACCAGCGAUGAUAACGCUGUCUCUUCACCAUUUCUAUACAUACCCAAGACAGAGCAGAAGAGCAACAGUCCGUCAAAGCAGGGCUAUAUAACACCCUUCCUCCUCGAAGACGGGCGUCGGUUUGAUGCCACGGCUGGAGAUGAGUCCUACUUCCCUCCCUAUCAAGUGACAGACAUCGACGGCCAGACAGACCUUGCCGUCCCCAGGACAUACUCUGCCACCGGAAGCCCGAUAUCGACCUUCUCCAUGUCCAGUGCAGACGACGAGGACGUCCCGGAGGUGCAGAGCUUGAUCAGGCAGGCAGCCUCAGGUGCAGACAGGCAGCAGUCCAUCAGCACGUCGGCAUAUACAUCUAUAGACAAGCCAGCUCCUCAACGCAGCGAUGCAAGCUCUCGAACAUCGUCCUUUUCGAUAGAGCGUCGUCGACAGUCCAGAGGAGGGCAGGAAUCGUCUAGAUCUCCCUCGUCCACCAGGCCGAAGCGUAGCGUACAGCAUCUACGCGGCAAGUCAGGGACAUACGCCAAACUCACCCCUUCCCGGUCCGAGGUUGGCAGCUCAGGACGCAACGAGCGAGAUCUCCUAGCCCUUCACCGCGAGAGCUGUCUCCUCUUCAGCCAGACGGACCGUACCCCUUUAUCAACCCGCCACUCUCACUCAAGCAAGCAAUCUCAUCAGCAUUCAGCUUCUUCGUCUCCACUGCUCAGACCAGAAAACACACCCACUUCCCCCUUUCAGUCUGACGGCAUACCGUCACCGCCCAUCGACCAGUUCACAUGGACCCCUAUUCAUGAUCUCUCCUCUUCCAUAGCAGAUGCCACGCCACUUCCGCCGCCGCCAUCUCUCCCCAAGACAGUAAUAGACUGGACAUCUCCCUCCACUCGGCGACGAGAAUAUGAAAAGAUCGACCGCGCCAGCCGAGGGAUACGCGGUGCAUGGAGAAAGCUUGCUCCCCAGUGGUGUCAGAGCAAAGAUGCUCGAGCCCCUUUUUUUGAAGAAUGCAAGGCUGGCCAUGCAAAGGAUGACGGUAGUGUAAGGAGAUUCCGCAUGGAUAUCCCCGAAGAAGAAGAAGAGGAAGAAGAAGCAGAAGAAGAACCCAGGUGCCAGGCUCGAGGUGUGACGGUGCUGCGAAACGGGCUCGUCUCAGUGCUCACCAGACGCAAGUCCGAGAACGAGGCCGUUCGAUCUGAGAGGCCUUCUGCCGUCAUCAAGACCUGGCGUCUCAAUCACAGACGCAAUUCGUCCUUCGUCUAA